AUGGGGCCUUGUGACUUUUUUAGGCUCUCAACCGGACUAGUCGAGGAAAUUGGUAUUGAAGCUAAGCAGCCUAACUCUGCCAUUAGGAAAUGUGCUCGAGUUCAGCUUAUUAAGAAUGGAAAGAAGAUUGCUGCUUUUGUGCCAAAUGAUGGUUGCCUGAACUACAUUGAAGAGAAUGACGAGGUGCUUAUUGCUGGAUUCGGUCGGAAAGGUCAUGCUGUCGGUGAUAUUCCUGGAGUUAGGUUCAAGGUUGUGAAGGUUUCAGGCGUGUCACUUCUGGCUCUCUUCAAGGAGAAGAAGGAAAAGCCAAGAUCAUAAAUUUUCUAUUAGAAUUGUUAUCUGUUGUGCUGCUAAAACAUUAUGAUUUAGAGACAAUUUUGUCAGCAUUCGAUGGUCAUUUUGUUUGCCCUUUUACCUGAUCAGAUUCUUAUGUUUUAUUGAUGGAA